AUAAAAGAGCGGUCGUUAUAUUAAAAUCAAGAACAGAUAUAAGACAAUCUUUAGACAGAAAUUACAGAUCCAAUCGUGAACCCUAGGAAUAGACUUCGAGUCAGCCACCUCAUAUAAAGCAACAUGACUCGCUAAACCUGAAAAGGACAAAUUUAGGCCUAAAGCGAUCAGAACCGAAACCCUGCCUAUCAAAAGAACUUCAAAAACCCAAACAUUCAAACCAAGUCUACUCUGACCAAAACAGAAACAAUUGUUACUAAAGAGAAAAUAAUAUUUGAAUAAAAUCUUUCCACAAAUCUCUUCCGGGUAUGGAGGUGGUUCUGGAGGAGGACGAACUCCUUCAAUAUGGGUGAAUACCAACUCCACCACCGUCGGAAUGAAUGACCAAGGCUUCACGAUCCAGUCUCGAUACAACCUCUUAGUCACACCUAGUUCAUCUGCCAAUACUAUCUCCUUCGAUGUAGUUGCGAUCCAAAGCAUUAGAAUACUUAAAAUCAGUAUAAUUUGCUGCUCCAACCCCAUGUUUAUAGGGGCGAUGGAAAAUCUCAACCUCUGCAAAGAGGGGAGACGGCCGCUAGGUUUCUCUCUAGAGUGUAUUAAUAUAUGGAAUAGUACUUUAAUACAGCUUAAUAUAUGAAGUAUAAUGUAGCUUUAUUGUACUCUUUGUAUAAUACGGAGUAUAAUAAUACGAUAGUAUAUGGAGUAGUACUUUAAUAUUGUCUUGAUCGGUGUUGGGGGUCACACGAAUAAAGUGUCAUCCUUUCUCAAGUUGUGCACUAAGUUGAAGAUCCUUAAAAAAACUCUUAAGAUCCUAAACCAAAACAGCUUUGCUAAGCCGUAAACUCGACAAGGAAAUCUGCUAAUCUUCUCAUUGAUGCUGAGACGCUUCUUUUAUCAGCAGAAAGCUAAGGUGACUUAUCUCCUUGAUGCCGAUAGGAGCACAAAGUACUUCCAUGCUAUCGCGAAGAAAAAUGUCACUAGAUCCUCUAUAUCUUUCCUAAUCAAGGAGGAUGGUACCACUACCACCUCUAUGCAGAAACUAUCUCAGGAAUUCCCUGGAUUCUAUAGUAAUUUAUUUGGAUCAACCAUUGAUUGUGAGGAGCCCAGACAUGAUCUUGUUAAAAAUGGGAAAGUGAUAAAUAGCUCUAUGGCCAUUUCUUUGUUAGAACCAAUCUCAGAUCAGGAAAUCAAGAGUGCUCUCUUUGAUAUUGGUGAUGACAAAUCUCCAGGACAUGAUGGUUACUCUGCUGCUUUUUUUAGGAAGGUAUAUUUCCGGUCAGAUAUCUUGGAAUUCCAUUGGCACCUUUGCAAGUUUAUGUGGCCCAGUUUGACCCAAUGAUCAAUAAAAUUGAAGCUUAUGUGGCUAAAUGGAAAUCAAAGGUUAUGUCAUACGUUGGAAGAGUUGAGCUAAUAAGAUUAGUGGUGCAGGGUGUUCAACCUUUCUGGCUCCAAUCUUUUCCAAUGCCUAUUAUUAUCAUAAAUAGGAUUGUCUCAACCUGCAGAAAUUUCUUGUGGGAUGGAAGGAAGGCUAAAGUGACUUGGGGUGAUAUAUGCAAACGUAUGGAAGAGGGUGGACUGGGUCUAAAGGAUGUAAAAAUCUGGAACAAAGCACUUCUCACUAAAACUUUGUGGAAUAUCCAGUCCAAGAAAGACUCAUUAUGGGUAAAGUGGUUUCAUGAAUAAUUGUUCCAAAAGGUUGAAUCGCCAACCCCAAGCGCCCCCACGCCCCGACCCGAUAAGACUUUUUGGGAGGAUGUAAGUCACGGUGACUCAGUCAGUAGAGUGGCUGUAGGCCCAUACACCCGUGCGCACCAGAUGCCCAGCCUUAUUUCAGGUUCUGUGACCUCCACCCGGUCGCUGCGGGGAUUCGAACCUUGGUCAUUGUUCCAAAUCUCCCACCACUCAACCAACUGAGCUACCCGUGCGGGGCCUGUACAAGGACCAACUAUGCAGUGCAGAUAGAAGAAAAAAAUUCAUGCUACACCAAACACCCAAAAAUUUGGAAUGGAUCUUGAAAGCUCACAAUUCAAUACCAUGAGCUUGCCAAUUCCAGACAUAGGAGUAGAGGCCAACGAUCUCGAUCAACGAGUCCAAGCUCAAGAUUAGUGUUUCGCUCGCUGACAAGAUCAAUUGGUCCAUCGAGCAAGGAACUCAAAGCGUCUCAACCAACCGGGUUCAGCUCCUCUCCAUUUCUUUCUCUCCAUUUCCCCUCCAUUUCUUUUUUACUUCCUAUCUAUCUCUACCUUUUUCUCUAUCCUACUCACCAACCUACCCCACCCUUAAUUCUCUCCUCUCUAUAUCUCUCAUACUGGAACUCUCCAGUUACUGAAGAGGAUCCAAAUUCCAACCAACAAGCCCAACAAGUAAAGCAAGUCCAAGAGUGCCGACUAGCCAACCCGACCAUCCUACUAGCCCUUGAGAGCUGACCUACCACUACUAGCCCAACUGAGAGGUGACCUAUGAACCCAGCUAAGAGCCAGCCAGCCUACCAACCCAGUAGAGAGCCAUGAGCCAUCCACUAUCAAGGAGCCAACCACUAGCUCGGUUAGGAGUCGGCCUACCAGCCCAACAAGGAGCGAGCUCAAGCGGCCGUAGAAUAAAAACAGAA